CCCCCCCACCUCAUCACAGCCACCAUCACCAACCACCAUCAUCACCAUCGGCAACCUCAUUAAGGUGUCGCCUAGCAACGCGAGGCCUCUUUUAAGCAGGGGGAAAUCGCGCAACGAGUCGAGGUCCUCCUCCCCUCCCUUCCCACUGCCUCGUCUCGUCUCGCCUGGGCCUCCAGCGCGCUCGGCACCCCCGCGGCACCGGGACUCGACUAGCGCCGUGGCCCGGGCGAGGUCCCCGGGGUCCCCGGGGUUGAGGUGUCUCCUCCUGGGAAGGGGUCUCAGCUGGUCGUGGUUCUCGGGGUAGGGGCUGUCAGGGCCAGGGGGUCUUAGGGGAGAGGUCAUUUGAGCGCCUCGGCGGCGGUCCCCGGGGUCGGGAUCCCGACGAGUCGGGGUGGGGUGGGGGGGUGUUCUGUGGAAGGGGUUCGAAGGUUCGGACUUUUAGGGGUAGGGUCUCAGGUUUGGGGGGGUCCCAGCGGGUAGAGAUUUCUUGGACUAAUUAAUUCAGGGGAUAGGGGGUCUCAUUGGUGGUGGGGGGCCCCAGGCUCAGGUGCAUCCUGCUCCGCUCCCCGGCGAUGUCUCUGCUGGAGAAGCGCGCGCCCAGCAAGGUGCUGGUGGACGACACGGCCCCGCUCGCCUGCUUCAUCGAGGCGGCGCACAACGUGCACACGCACACGGAAUACGUCGUGCGAGUGCAACGGGGACCCAAUCCCGAAAACAGCUGGCAGGUCAAAAAGAGAUAUAGCGACUUUGACGCUCUCAACACGAGCCUUCAGGUGUCGGGCGUACCGCUGGCUCUGCCCCCUAAGAGGCUGCUGGGGAAGCUGGAGCGGGAGUUUGUGGCUGAGCGUCAGCGCGGGCUGCAGCUCUACCUGGACGCACUCACGGCGCACCCUGUGCUGGCCACAUGCACCGCCGUCCGCCUCUUUCUCGACCCCGACUCCUAUCCGGCAAACUACACCGAGCUCGCGCUGCAGCAAGUGUCCAUGUUCUUCCGCUCAGAGCCGCGAUGGGAGGUGGUGGAGCCACUACGUGACAUGGGGUGGAGGAUAAGGAAACGCUACUUCCUCAUCAAACCCAAGGAGGAGCCCAAGACCAGGCAGCUUCUGAGCUGGGCUGACUUCGGACCGGAUCAGUUCCUGUCCACCAAGGACCUGCAGGCAGCCAUGAAGCUCCUGCCCAACAUUUCUCACCCAUACGUGGCGCCGACUGCCUUUGCGGAGGCGAGCGAGUCGUCGGGGUUAGUGGUGCGCACCAUAAAUGACAAGGGCACGCUCAAGGACCUCAUCCACAAGACGAAGCCACGUGACCACUUCCUGCACAAGUACUGUAGCCCGCGGAGGAGUGCGCCGCUUGAUAUCGCUCACGUGCGCCUCUACGGACGCCAAAUCCUCGAGGCACUGCGGUUCCUGCAGGAGCGCGGGUUCCCGUACGGACACGUGCACGCGGGGAACGUGAGCGUGGAGGGGGAGGCGUGCCGUCUGCUCGACCUGGAGAACACGCUGCUCGGGCUGCCCAGUGCCAUUCGCGGGAUCACAGCACAGUACCGCAAGAUCAACACGCUGGACGCGGUGGACGUUUUCUCGUUCGGACUGCUGCUGCACGAGAUGGCGUACGGGGCGCCGCCCUCUGCCAUCCCCAUCGACGCCCCCUCACUCGGCCCCUCGUCAUCGCCCUACAUCGCGACGGUGCUGGAGUCAAUCCUUUCGGCUGACGCGCUCCGCUCAGGGUUGCCCACGCUGCAGCAGCUGCUCGCUACACCGCUCUUCCGGGAUGUGACGCUGCCCAACGGCGGAGAGAAACCACAGUUUAAGAUCCCCAGCCGACUGCGAGAGGCGUUGAAGGUGGCACGGGAGGCAGUGGAGAAUCGGCUCCAUGAAGACCAGCGCACGUUACAUCAGUUCCGAAAGCUGUCGCGCGCGCAGUCUUACCACGGCUCCGAGGAGGAGAAGAAGAAACGGAAAAUGCUUGCUCGCAAGAAAUCGCGGCAGCUCACGACGGACGAAACGGAGGAGCCCCCCACAAACGGCACCUCCACAGGUUCCUGUACGAGUUCGCCCCCCACCACUCCGUCCACGCCAACUCCCACGGGGAUCGGGGCGCCGCCAGCACCGCCACUGCCGCCGCCGCCGCCGCCAGGCCCCGCACCACCUGCCCCGCCCGCGCUGUCGGGCCUCCCCGCCCCCUCACUGAGCCCCCCUGGGGCUGGGAGGGACGUGGGACGAGGGGCCCUGCUGGGUUCCAUCCGCAGUUUCAGCAAGGGUGGCCUCAAGUCGGUGUCGAUCAGCGAUCGCAACUCGGCCAAAGUGUGACGUCGAACACAAACCGAGCACCGCUCGCUCGUCUACACUGCACCAAGGCAUACUCGCGACACUACCAUCACCACGGCACUCACCACUUAUACAAUAUACAGCACACACACUGCACACGAUGCAGCCACCCCUUAAACUCGCUACACGAGAUACGCACUCAUUAUAUGCAACACACACCUCCCCCCACUCACUAACCUCACUGUACUGUUCACAGCACGUUGUGCCAUAAUCCUGCCGCACGCGCCUGCCUUUGCAAUGCGACACCACGAUCCCACAGUGCCCCACUAAUUCACCCGCCUUGCAGCACCGUACCACCACCACCACCAGCUGCUGCCGCCGCAACCGCCGUCAACACUUUUCCUCGGCGGCAGCCGGUGCCCCGGUGGUCCCGGGCGGUAGCUGGCGCCGUGAGCAGAUCGACUGCGCGGGUGGCCACGCCAGGCCCGAUGCUGGUGGUCCAGCAGGCCUGCCCAUGUAAAUUACUGUGAUGAAGACGACUGUGAUGAUGAUGAUGAUUAAUAAAGAAGUCUACGGUG